UUCAUUUGAUGAAUUAGAUACCGCCCAGCCAGUCAAAUAUAAGGUUUUUAGAGCUGGAGUACACACACAAAAAACUGGGACUAGUUUUCAUAAACUGGAUAGAGAACUUAUAUGAGGCUGCAACCUAUAGAAACCUUUUGUGUUUUUCAUUUCAUUGGCAGACACCGUCCUUGACCGAAAUCUAUUGCAAAUUUUGCUGCAACCAUUGCAGGCAACUUUUCAUUAAUAGGAAAUGGAGUGGAUGGAUCCUCUUUCUGUGUUGUUCCUAUUUUCCCUGGCAAUUGCAUUCCUUUGGAAAAUGAGCAAUUUCUGGAACAGCAGCAGCCAAAAUCUUCCACCGGGACCAAAGCCAUUGCCACUAAUAGGAAACCUCCACCAAUUGGAUCUGAAGAGGCCUUACAGAACCAUGUUAAAGCUUUCUAAACAAUAUGGCCCGGUUUUCAGCCUACAAACGGGAUUCCAGAAAAUGGUAGUUCUGACGGGCUACGAAACUGUAAAGGAGGCUUUGGUGAACCAGGCAGAUGCAUUUGCAGAGAGGCCCAUGAUCCCAAUAUUUCAAGACUAUGAAAAAGGCUACGGAGUCGUUUUUGCUCAUGGUGAGAACUGGAAAGUGAUGCGGCGGUUUGCGCUAACCACAUUAAGGGACUAUGGAAUGGGCAAAAGGACCAUAGAGGACCAAAUUGUCGAAGAGUGCCAUUGUCUAAUACAGAAGUUUGAAACUUUUGAAGGAAAACCAUUUGAGAAUACUGCAAUCAUGAACGCUGCUGUUGCCAAUAUUAUCGUGUCAAUAUUGCUUGGCAAGCGAUACGAAUAUGAAGAUCCCACAUUUCAGAAACUACUGAACUUGAUCGAUGAAAAUACCCGGCUUGGCGGAAGCCCCUCAGUCACACUAUACAAUAUGUUUCCUGCUCUGGGCUUUCUUUUUGGUGGUCGCAGGACUAUUCUUAAGAAUAAGAUGAAAUUGGACAAAUUCAUACAGGACACCUUCAUUGAACACCUCAAGGAAUUGGACGUGAAUGAUCAGAGGAGCUUUAUUGAUGCUUUUCUAACUCGACAGCAGGAGGAGAAAAAACAGAACAAGAUUAAUGAAUUUUUCCAUAAUGAAAACCUAACAGCUGUUGUGAACGAUUUAUUCGGUGCAGGCACGGAGACCACUUCGACUACUUUGCGUUGGGCUCUGUUGCUGAUGAUGAAGUACCCUGAAAUCCAGAAGAAAGUGCAAGAAGAAAUAACAAAAGUAAUCGGAUCUGCUGAGCCACGGAUUGAACACCGAGCCAAACUGCCAUACACCGAUGCAGUGAUUCAUGAGGUUCAGAGGUUUGCUAAUAUUGUCCCUUCAAAUGUGCCACGUGCCACCACUGCAGAUGUCACUCUUGGAGGCUACUCCAUUCCAAAGGGAACACAUAUUGUUCCAUUACUGUACUCCGUGCUGUAUGAUGAAUCUCAGUGGGAAAAACCUUAUAAAUUCUAUCCUGAGCAUUUCCUUGAUUCUGAAGGAAAUUUUGUAAAGAGAGAUGCCUUCAUGCCUUUCUCUGCAGGUCGGCGAAUCUGUGCUGGUGAGACCCUUGCCAAAAUGGAGCUGUUCCUGUUCUUUGCAAGUCUCCUGCAGAGAUUCACUUUCCAGCCAGCCCCUGGGACGUCUAAAGAAGACCUGGACCUUACCCCUGAUGUUGCGUUUACUACACCUCCGAUGCCCUACCAUAUCUGUGCUUUGCAACAUGCAUAAGACUGAUGUUCCCAUCUUACUUAGCUGCCACAACUGAUCCUUGUGUUAUGUAGUACACCACCCUUUUGUGCCUGCCAUUUUAGAGCAGUAGACCCAUGACAAAAUUGUUCCAUGCUUUGUCACAAAUCCGCAACUUCUGACCCAGCCACUGAGAAUCAAGCCUAUGCCUCUCUUCACAGCCCUCAACUGCCCAGCCCCAGUCUAGCUUCUGUUUCUUGGUCUCACUAAGCUGUGUGACUGAAUAGAGGAUGGAACUGGCUUCUGGAAGCCUGCCUGGCACAGAAAGUGGACAUGCUUGUUUUUUGUGUGACUGUGUAUGAAUAGCAGGAUUUGAGUCCAGUGGCACCUUAGAGGCCAACAUGAUUUUCAGAGGGUAAGCUUUUGAGAGUCAGAGCUCCCUUCCCUCUGUCUGAGGAAAGGAAAAUCUUGUUGGUCUCUAAGGUGCCCCUGGACUCAAAUCCUGCUAUUCUACUGCAGACUGACAUGGUUUCCCAUUUAAAACUAUGCAUGAAUAGUUAGGGUUUUUGUUUAUUGUUUUUGUUUGUUUGUUGUUUGUUUAUUCUUACCAUCCUCCAAAACACAAAGGGUUUUUUUGUUACGCUUAAAACUAAACCUCGGACGCUACAACUGGACAUUAAGUUCUUAUCUCACAAGUUGUUCAGGGCUGGGGGUUUCAGGUUUCUGAUUUGGGUUUUUUACCUGAAUUGGGUCUGCUUAGGAAUUAUUCGGUAUUUUCAAAUCAGCCCAAGCAUUGCUGAGCCCAUUCGGAAAUACCAAAGCAAACCUUACCGAAAACUUUGGAGCGUUUCAGAAAGGUUGGAUAGAGCGGCAGCAGCCAUAGCACUUUUCAUGCUGUUUGCAAACAGCAAGAAAAGUACUGCUCUCAAGCGUCCCACUGCCUUUUUUUACCUUAUUGGAAGGGGGAGGAGGCAGUUGUAGUGAGUUACAUGCUUCAUAGGUUCCACACUGAUAGCAAAAUUAUUCAACAAACUAUUGAGUAGCAUAUUCAAAAUGGAAGAUCUGCAACAAAUGAAGGCGUUUACAAGAAAUGUCUUGAAACAAUUAAUCUUGGGAUAGUUACAUUCAAACUGAUAGUUUUUUGGAAUCAAUGAAUUUCACACAAGGUACUGACAGUAAAAUUCUAAACAUAGUUAUUCUAGUCUUAGCCCAUUGAUUUUAAAGGGCUUAGACUGGAGUGACUGUGCUAAGGACUGGUGUAACUCUGCUUAGGAUUUCACUGUACAUGUGCAAACAGAGCUUGUUCAGACUUGGUGCUGGAAGUUUUCACUUGCUUAUUUUGUUAUGAUAUUCAUUCAUAAACCUUAGUUAAAAGAAGGAAGGUAAUUUUUUUUCCAUUUUGCAGGGCUUGUUUAAUUUAGAACCAGGAGCCAUCCAACACAUUAAUUCAACUUGUCAUUCUACUAUUAUUAUAAUAAAAUAGAGCUUACCCUC